GAGGGCCUCUUCCUGGGCCGCGUUGCCAUGGACGGCGAGGCCGCCCUCGCGCUCGGCGUCGUCGACGACUCCGUGCCCGACGAGCUGCUCUACCCGACCCACAGGGUCAUCGACCUGGCGCUGGACGGCGGCCUCAUCACGCGGCACGUGGACGAGCAGGAGACGUUCGGCGCGCUCGUCGUGGUGCUGAGCCUGCUGUCGGACUCCGUGGUGCGCCUCCGCCGCAUGCCGCCGCUGGCGGGGACGCGGCCCUGGGAGCCCCAGGAGGACCAGUUCGUCGACGUGCUGGUGCCCCGUCGCGCCGUCUACGCCCUCAGCGGCCUCAGCCGCUACGCGUACUCUCACGAGGUCCUCGCCGCCGAG